AUGGAAACAUGCAAUGCUUCUGUAACAAACAUGUUAAGUUUGCACUCAAAAGCACAGCUCAAAAACCUAAGACUCUUUCUUUGGAAUGCACCCAUUGAUGAAGGCUUGUUUGUGUUCAACAUCACUUCUCUUACUACAGAAAAAAUCAUACAUCAUGUUAUUGUUAGAUUCGAGUUGUGCUAUCUCUAUGAAAAUAAAUUUCUUGAUUUAGCCAUACAAGUAGUUAUGGAUGCCGAGGUUUUUGGCCGUAAAGCAAGUGGGUUACUUGUUCAACAAGUCUCCGAUUAUUUCGCGAGUUGCUUUCGAUUUUGUGAGGUUGGUUAUGUUGAUCUUGGUGUUGUUGUUUUCGUGGCGGAUGUUGUUGUUGAUGGUCAUGAGCUAGAGGAAAAAGAUGUACUAUCUGCAUGUAGGGCUCUUUCUCGCAUUGUUGAUAGUCAUAGUUUCUUGCAUAAGUUACUGGAAGACGAGGAAGAAGUUGUUGAAGAUGAUCAAUAUCAAAGAAUAGAUGAGACUAUUGUUGCUUUGGAGGCUAUUCAUAUUGGUCAUGAUGAUGAUUAUCAUGGUUUUCAUGUUGAAGAUGAUGAUGAACUUUCUGAAAAUAUUGAUUAUCAAGAAGAACAAGGACAUGAAGGACGUAGUUCUAGUGAUUAUGAUGAUAGUAUUAUUGAAGUUCCUAGUGAAGAUGUUCUUAGUGAUUCUGAUGAUUACAAUUCUUUUCUAGAGAGGCUAUUCGAUGAUGAUUAUGAUGUAGAUCAUAAUGAUGUUAACUAUGUUGAUGAUGUUCACGAGAUUCCUCCUACUAAUUGGGUCAGUACCAUGGAGAGUACAUUGGAUUAUGCUGUUAUUAAUGUUAAUUCUGGAAAUUAUUCUGACGAGGAAAAUGAUCAACAUACUAAUAUUAUUACUUUCUGUUCCGAGCUAGAGGAUGUUGAUGAGACUAAUGCAGAUGAAUUCAACCAUAUUCUUAACAUUUUAAGGCGGUGGCUGCAUCACGAAGAAGAAGAGCAUGGUACUUCAAUUCUGGAAGCUGAAAGUUCACGAACAACUGAAAGUACUAAGGUUUCACAAGAUCAUAGUGUAAGAAAGAUUUUAUUGAAGAUCAAACCAACAAUAGAACUAGUAAAUGCGAAGGAAUUAACCGAAGAUAGUAUUUGUUCUAUUUGCCUUGAGAAAAUUUCAAGUGAAGGAGAAAAUAUAAAGAUCAGUCGUUGUAAACAUGUGUUUCAUAGAAACUGCAUAUUCAAAUGGCUUUCGAAGAAACAAUCAUGUCCUUGUUGUCGUUUGAGUAGUUUAACAGACGUGUAUUGUAAUUAG